AUGUCACCACCCGUCGGCAGGUCUGGGCUCACGUCUUCCAAGAAGCCAGGACCAUCUUCGGCGUAUCAGCCACGGCCGUUGAUGUCCGGGAUGACGACGAUGCUCCCUGAUGAACCAUCAAGUAAAGGCACUGCUCCCAAGCCCAGGCCCAGCGGUUACAUUCCAGUGCCAUCUUCUAAUCCCAAAAUCAUCACUGCUGAUAUGGAAAAGAUCUCGAGAUCCUCAAGCAAAGAAAGACAUGCGCCUAGCUUUUCUGGUCAAGGUCGUCCAGCAAUGACUCCAUCCAUCAACAAGAUUCCUCAAGCCGUAUCGUCGUUCCAACAGCCUCCAACAACGGUACCGCUGGGACCCUUCAGUGGGUUAUCCGCUGGAAAAAAGACGGUCAAUUUUCCUGAGAUUUUGGAAGAGUCAAUUCCUGAGCUCCCCAAUGCGUCUGACCUACCAUUACCGAAGCUGAAGGAUGGAAAACAGAGGUCAAUCGCCGUUUCAACAUUGUCCAGACAUCUUUUAAAGGGCGGGGAAAAGUCCAGCCCUCCUGAGCACCGAGAUAAAGACCACCCCAAGGCUUCGCUCGAGAAUGCAACUAAGCCCAAAUUCAAGUCCGAGGAUGCAGAUGAGGCAAAUGGUGAGACGACUUCUCAUGCCGAAUCCCCAUCUGGAUUGAAGAGCCCUCCUUCUGUUUCACGAUCGAGAGUUCCAUCCCCUGAAACCAUUACUGUCGACCAGAAGCCCUCACUGGAACCUGAGCCAAGAUCCAAGUCUGAUGAUGCCGAGGAGUUCGACGCUCAUCCAAGCACUCCCUCGGGUUCCGAGUCAGGCUCAAAGGGUCCUCCUCCUAAUCCCCAUACGACGGCCCCAUCACCCAGAGUCAUUUACGUCGGUCCCGGGCCUUCUAUACGCCAAGAGACGGGAUCAUUGAGCCAUACUGGGAAGCACAGGCAGCCUAGAGCCCCCAGCACGCUGAAAAGCUUCUCGGGGGCAAACCCAAGAAGCAGAAUGUCUAGCUUCAGCGCUGCGGGUCAUACACAACCAGGUAAGCCUUACAACUGCUGA